AUGGAUCAUCAUCUUUAUAUGGUUUGUCUUCAGAGGUUUCGCCACCUCCACCCAGAUGUGACGCAUGAAGUAAAAGAAACUUUUGCAGUAACAAAUGCUGACUCUUGCUUUCCAUCUGAAGAACACGCUCCAGGAUUGAGACAGGCAUGUCUCGAAUUUCUUCCAGCGAUUCUGACUUUGACUAACCGUUUCCUAAAAAUUCUAGCAAUAACAUUAGAUGUAGAAGAAGACUUUUUCUUGAAACGUCACAAAAACCGACAAAAUGAAAAAGAGGGAUUGCUCAAACUGAUGUAUUAUCCUCCUGUGGAAGAAGAUGUCAGAGAUCCUCAUGUUGUUCGUUUUGGAGAGCAUACAGAUUUUGGAACCAUAACGUUCUUGUUCCAGGACAAUUCAGGAGGAAUGGAGGUGAGACAACAAAUAUACAUUUUUUAUAGAUUCUAUAUUUACUUUUUCGUUUAUAUUGAAGUUGAUUAA